AUGGAAACACAUAGUAGGGCGACUUCGUCUCAUGGGUCUAUGCAUAUUUCUCCGGGACCCGGUUUUCACGCUUCUCCAUCUCCACCAGCUUCGCUGCAAUCACAGCGAAGAUCCUGGCGGUCACCGUCAAAGCUCUUUUCUCGUCGAUCGUCUGCGACGGCUGGAAGGGCACAGCCUGAGGGUGCUUCUCAUGAUCGGACCAGAGCUUCCGUGUCCUCAGCCGGGAGAAAUCAAACUCCACGUGAAGAGAGCACGAGCGACGCAAAAUGGUGGCGCAUUCGCUUCUUCCGCGGCAUGAUAGACGAUGUUAAGCGUCGCGCACCUUAUUAUUGGAGUGAUUGGGCUGAUGCCUGGGACUAUCGCGUUGUUCCUGCAACUAUAUACAUGUAUUUCGCAAACAUCCUGCCGGCUUUGGCUUUCUCUCUUGAUAUGUUUGAAAAGACUCGUCAAAGUUAUGGUGUCAACGAGGUGCUUCUAGCCUCGGUCUUGGGGGCUGUAGUGUUCUCUCUUUUCGCGGCUCAGCCACUCGUGAUUGUUGGCGUUACUGGUCCGAUUACCGUUUUCAACUACACGGUGUACGACAUUAUCUCGCCGCGGGGAACACCUUACCUUGCCUUUAUGUGUUGGAUUGGAAUGUGA